AAAUUCUUUAAGGAAAGAAAUUAAAACUGUUUGAGUUAUCUUUGGCCUUAACUGCUUUAUUUUCUUUUACUUUAAUUUUUCUAUCAGGCAGCCUCCCAAACCAGAGUAGGUUCAGAGAAACUCAUUUUAAAGUAUUAUGUUGUUAUAGGGCCUGGUAGAUUACCUUUAGUAGACUUAAAAGUUGUAGUCUAUAUAUUGAAUGGAAAAUCUUUCUUGAUCUUAUUAACUGUUGUGUAUCUGAUUUUAACAUCCUGAAGUGGCAUGUGAAUUGAGGAUAUGUUGAAAUUGCAGGAUGUGGAGAAUGAGCUAGCAGUACAAGUGAGUAUGAAACAUGAGAUUGAACUUGCCAUGAAGUUGUUGGAGAAAGACAUCCAUGAGAAACAAGAUACUCUGAUAGGCCUUCGACAACAACUAGAAGAAGUUAAAGCAAUUAACAUAGAGAUGUAUCAAAAGUUGCAGGGUUCUGAAGAUGGCUUGAAAGAAAAAAAUGAAAUAAUUGCCCGACUAGAAGAGAAAACCAAUAAAUUACUGCGGCCAUGGAGGCAGCUGAACAAAGUACAGCAUUUCCAGUUUUAG